AUGCUGUCUGUCUGUCUGUGCCAUGCAGAGCAAGCCUAUGGAGAAGUGAACCAGCUGGGCGGCGUGUUUGUGAACGGGAGGCCUCUGCCCAAUGCCAUCCGUCUGAGGAUAGUGGAGCUGGCCCAGCUGGGCAUCAGACCUUGUGACAUCAGCCGGCAACUCCGAGUGUCCCAUGGAUGUGUCAGUAAGAUCCUGGCCAGAUACAACGAGACCGGCUCCAUCCUCCCCGGGGCCAUCGGGGGCAGCAAGCCCAGGGUUACCACCCCCAACGUGGUGAAGCACAUCAGGGAGUACAAACAAGGGGACCCGGGCAUCUUCGCCUGGGAGAUCAGGGACAGGCUGCUGGCUGACAACGUGUGUGACAAGUACAAUGUGCCCUCUGUCAGCUCUAUCAGCCGGAUUCUGAGGAAUAAAAUUGGGAACUUGUCUCAGCCAAGCCAGUAUGAGAAUGUUAAGCAGCAAUCGUCACAGCCAACAAUUCCAUACAAUCACCUCUACCAGUACCCCUACCCCAACCCAAUAUCUCCAGGAUCCACCAAGGUGGGCAGCCAUCACCCAGGAGUGCAUGUGCCAACCGGACAUUGUCAGCAUAGCCAGGUCCUGGCCAUCAGCCCAUUCUGUCAAUAA